CAGAACACCAUUCAGCAUCUUGAGGCUAUGGACCAUACGUUGAAAGAUGGCUUAGGCUACAAAGUUGUAUGCCUUUUUUGGCUAGUUCAAUUAAUUGAUAAUCCGCAACUGUCGAUAGUGGCUUGCUAGCCAUAUAGCCAGACAAGGUCAACAGCAUGUACGAAACUCGAGCUAACUGGCCAGCAUGCGACCACAUUGACUUUUAGACCAAGUUAGAUAACGUAAUGUUGAGCUAGGUAGCUAACCUUGACGAAUAUUUUUAUUUAUCUAGAUAUCACUGACGCUAACAAACGUCUCUACAACGUUAUGCUUUAGGUUAGCUAGCCUGCUUGGAAUCAGAUCCCCUUUCAAAAAACAGAUUUGGCGUUCACAUAACGUCAAUUAUCGUUAUCUAAGAGCUCCAGUCAGCGCUUGCUUGCAUACAGUUUUUAUUUAUUUUUUGUAUGGCAUUGCACAGCCACUGGCACUGCAUUAAUGAGCAACUUCGGAGAUCAGGACUAACCGCUGCUUUGCAUUGUUAUUUAUUAUACAUCAUUAUUACCUUAGGUUUUUCCGUUUCGUAGACUUAUACAGAGAGAUUUAAAGGGUGACUAAGUAGGAUAAUUAUAGUCUAUUAUAAGAGUUGCAAAAACGCGGCAUAAAUCCGGAAUGGUUGUUUUUUUUGUGUGGUGACCAUGCUGUGAGGGCAGAGAUGGCCAGUCGUGUCCCCCUGGUCCUGCUGGCCUGCGGCUCUUUCAACCCCAUCACCCUCCAGCACAUGAGGCUGUUUGAGCUGGCCCGGGACCACAUGCACCAGACAGGUCAGUUCCAGGUGGUGGGCGGGAUCCUGUCCCCCGUGAGCGACGUGUACGGCAAGCAGGGCCUGGCCCCGGCGCGGCACCGCGUCGCCAUGGCGAGGCUGGCGCUCGGCAACUCGGACUGGGUGCGCGUGGACGACUGGGAGAGCAAGCAGGCGGACUGGACUGAGACCGUCGUCACCAUGAGGCACCAUUACAACCAGAUUCUGGAGCAGCACCAGAACACAGCCGGUGCUCCCCAGCUGAAGCUGCUCUGCGGGGCCGACUUCCUGGACACGUUCAAGGUGCCGGGCCUGUGGCGGGACGACCACGUAGCGGAGGUGGCGGGGCGCUUCGGGGUGGUGUGCGUGAGCCGCGGGAGCCUGCAGCCGGACCGGGCGGUGCACGAGUGCGACACGCUGUCGCGGCACAGGAGCAACGUCUUCCUGGUGCGCGAGUGGGUCAGCAACGAGAUCAGCGCCACCGAGGUCCGCCGCGCCCUCAGGAGGGGCCUGAGCGUCAAGUACCUGCUGCCGGACGCCGUCAUCGACUACAUCCGCCGCCACGGUCUCUACACCUGGGAGAGCGAGCAGAGGAACAAGGGCGCCGCGCUGCGGCCGCUCGCCCAGCAGGGGGCGCCGCCCGAGACGCUGUCCGACUGACUGACCCGGUGGCAUCAUGACUGCAGGGCGUCGCUGCCUGAGCAUCCAAACUGGGUUUGCUCUUCCUCUCUGAACUUCAGUAUUGAUUCAGCUGCCCCACCCCGGCUGUACGUAAGGGGGAGGGUCAUCAGCAAAGCGGGCGGCUGAUUUCUGUUUUGCUCCCCAAAACGGUAGUGUUCAGCCGUCAUGGGUUUCGCCUUGAGUCUCGUACUUUUACAGCAGUGUGUUGGAGUAAAGUGCGUGACUGCUCUUCCACUGUGAAUCAGAGCAAAACCCUUUUGGGCUGCCGGGAUAUCCCUGUCAUGACCAGAGACUGUAUAAAAAUAGGUCAUGACACGGCAGCAUUGUGAAGUGUCCCGAACUCUCUCUUGUGAGCGCUCUCACGCGACAAAUAAACUGCAAUAAAGACGGAGAAGUGGCUGCCUCUGCUCCGCUGGGCGGCCGUUUGCACAGAGCGGAGGAGGAGCAGGCCUGGAGAGAUUAAUAAAGCGGGGACUGGCAUGGGUCCAGUGUAAGCACGGUGCCCAGGUUCCAGCUGCACCUUCUCCAUGCAGGUGCGAUUUUAUGGGAGUCUGCCCAAUCGGCUGUGACUUCCUGCCAGCAGGUGACAUAUUGCAUCGCGGCGUUCCGUUUCUGCCAAGCGCAAGCACUUUGCAGCACUAACUGCCAUUUUCAGCCUCAAGGUGGACAGAAACCGACAAUACGGUAUUCAAAAAAAGAUACUCAUUUGCAGUCAGUUUUACAAAGUGGCAAAAUGUAUAUUAAAUAUUUUAUCCCCAUUUAGAUUAAAAUUGUGUGGUGAGUGAGGGUUACGGUCCCAGUGGAAUUUUAUAGAAAUUACCAUAGUUCGGCCAACCGGCACCCAAGCACAGGAAUGUGUGUGCAAAAAUAAAAACAAAGGGACAGACUUUGCAUACAGAUCACACAGAUUGCUUGCAGUUAUCGGGAACAUAGGUAUGCACAAUAGUGAUGAACUGUUGUGCUGUGACCUCAUGAUGGCGGUGGCCCGUCAAUGUGUUCCAGUUGGUGGACUGCACAGCUGGAGCGUUUACAUGUGCCACCCGUUGCUUUGGUCCCUGCGCCCCCUGUCUGAAACUUCCCUGUAAUAAAGUCUGUUUCCCCGGCGACUGCAAA